AUGCGUCAAAAGCUCAUAAUAACCGCUCAGAUCCUGAACUAUACCGAGGGUAUGGAGGAUCAACGACUAGUCGCCAACGCUCUAGAAGCCGUCGAAGAGGUUUUAUCGAGCGUCAAUGAAACGGUUCGAACAGCCGAAGAUAUCGAACGUCUGCGCGUGCUAUCAGAAGAGCUCUGGAUCGGACAAGGCCGUCUUGAUCUGACGGCACCCACAGCAUUCUUGGGAGACAGGAAGCUGAUCAAAGAAGGGGAUGUGGCCAAGGCCAAAAGCGGACGUAAUCUUCAGGUUGUUCUCUGCAACGAUAUCCUGGUGCUGAUCGAGUCCAAGAAUCUUUAUCGGAUGGUAUGUCAGAUAUCACAGCAUCAUAAGACUUCCUACGUUUGCUAA